CAACAUCGUCAACAAGAUCAGGUGACAUUUUCAUCCAUCUAGCUAAUGUUAUAUUUAUCGCUCAAUUGAUAUAUUAUUGCUUGCUAAUAUGAGGAUCACUCCUCCCUCAGGUCCUUUUGCAGAUAUAACUAAUGUAAUUGAUGCCAAUUUGACGAACAACCAUCCCGCUGCUAAUAAAAAUGGAACUAAUGUGCCAAAAGAUCAUGAGAAUUGCCAGCACAACAACUUGGACUCUACAGAUGUUACAAAACUAAGUGCGACUGAACUAAAAAGGAAGCGUGCUAGGGAGUGGUAUGCAUCAUUGACCAAAGAGCAAAAGGAAGAUAGAAACAAGAAGGCACGAUAUAUCAGGAAGCGGAGGAACUUUGAAUCACAAGAUAAUGGGUCUCAAGCUGCGACAUCAAAAAAAAUUACUACUACGGCCUCAUCUGUUUCAGCUCCGUUUGGUGAUAUUAAAAUUGCAAGCACUGAAGAUCAAUCAGUAGGGGGCCGGUUGGAUGUUAAUGAUGCAGGCACUGAAAAUGUGGGUUCUAUUGUAACGCCUGUGCGUCUACCAUUUACUAACAGUUCUGAUAUGUCCUACAGCUUCAAACAAUACUAAAGAAGGAUGAGCCAUGGAGUAAGCCACUGCAAUGCAUUGUAUACACAAUCGUAAUUCAUAUAUGCAUUAACUUAUUUUCUUUGAUUGACAGGAAAAUAUGGGUACAAAGUUCAAGGCCGCACUAUAUUAGCUUGAGUCUCAAACAGCUUCAAACAAUACUAAAGAAGGAUGAGCCAUUGGAAAGUGAUUGCUUCAACAUGGCUAUUCGUAAGUUCAUGUAUGAAAAAAUCGAGAUGAUUCAUAAAACUAAAGAAGCAAUAUCGAAUCAUUGCUUGGACUUGCAAUUUUGGAGUGCUACUGGCUUUGGUAAAGACCCGGUCCACCAUGACAACAUAAAUCUUGCAGAGACCGUCGGUAGUUGGUCGGAAAUUCAUUACAAACUUUCACAGUGCAAAGCGAUUCUUAUACCAGUACGCCAUGCUCGAAGUUUUAUCGUGCUUGUAGUGGACCAAGAAAGUCAAACGCUCUAUGUGUUAGACCCAAAUCCACUUAUGCCAGAAUAUAAAAAUAACCCAAAUAUGAGAUACACCAGAAAACUGAUAACUAUUUGUGAUCACUUCAACAAAGCUAUGAGAAAGGCAUGCCCUGGCUCUAGGUGGAAUGAAGACAUCAACUUGUGGAGGCAAGUAAUUGUCAAUAAUCCGGUUUACAGCAGGAGUUUAUCGGGUUUUCUUGUUCAUCUCUUCAUGUGUACAUGGAAUAAUAAAGAACCACAUUUGCCGGCAAUUAAUGAUGGUGACGAGCUAAGGAAACUUUUUUUGCUAAAUCUACUGAUGUACCAACAAAAUGAGUGUGAAAGCAACAUCCCUAACGGCGUACAAGAUUUUCUAAAGUGUAUAAAGAAUUCACAACAUUAGGGUAGUUAUUUAACUAUAUGGAACAACAUUAGGGUUUAACUAUAAUAUGGAGUGAUUUAAUUUGAGGUGAUCAUCCAUUAGAAAUGCCGUAUCUACAAAUGCUGGAUGUUCUAUAUUUUUUGUUUGUGCUUUAUUUGUAUGAUAUCAUCAAA